GUCUGUGGCCGGCAUUGUGUGUGUGUGUGUGUGUUAGUGCAUUGAUGUCUUUGUGUCUCGGUAAGGAGGAGUGGAGCAGCCGGCGUGCUCUAUUGUUUCCUUCCCCAGUCCAGGGCACCAGCCAGCGCCGGCUGCUCCCCCCUCCCCGGUUGAUGCCCACUGCCUGCCCAGCUUCUCCAUAGACUGAGCCACCCCAGAGAGGGCACUUCCAGGGCAGCUGAGAAGUUUCCCCCACCCCCUCCCCUCCGGCCCGGCAGGGAUAAAAUGAAGGAUCUGAAGAAGUAUCUGACAGAAGGUCUGCUGCAGUUCACCAUCCUCUUGAGCUUGGCAGGGGUGAGGGUGGACCUGGACUCCUAUCUGCCCCCCAUCCGUGAGAUCAUUCUGGGGACCAGCUCUGCCUACUCUCAGAUCCCCUUCCACAGCCUGAGGGACACUUGGGAAGGGGCCAGCUUGCACCCCAAGAGCCCAGACCUGGACUCCUUCUUCACUGCUAGGAGACUGCUGGACGAGGUGAGGGCCCUAGGGGACCCCCUCAUCCCCAGGACCGAGGUGAGUGCCUGGCUGGUGCAUGCAGUGUCUGAGGAUGCUGAGCCUGUGACACUUGGUGCUGCACAGACUGUGCUCAGCACCGACUCCAAUGAGGACACUGAUAACAGCAGCAAUGAAGGCCCCAGCCAGCAACCUGCAAGGAACAGCAACCUACAGCAAAGCCAUGCAGCCCCAUCCCAAUCACAUAUUGGGACAAGGGCCACCCCAAACCCCCCUGCAGAUUAUACCAAAGAGACACAAGAGGAGAAGCUGGGGUCCAAUCCAGGUUCAGGUUACAGUUACCUACAAAAUGAACAAGCGAAAACAGGAAUAGAAGAAGACGUAUCUCCCCAAAGCAGAGAGGAAGAGAGUACAUUAGGGGUUAAUAGUGAUGGGGGUCUACCAAACGCCAACAGUGAUGUAAGAACAGAGAUCAGCAGAAACUCCUCCGAGCCUUCGCUUUUCUUUGAAGAAUUUAUUCAGCUGCUAGCACAAACGGAAAAUGCACUUGAGGGUACAAGUGAAAAUACUCUUCACUCUACGCAGCCAAAUUUCAGAAUGCCGACUGGAAACUCUGUGGGAGAAUUAUGGCAAGACUUUCUGUCUCUGCCUGAUUUGAAUAUAACACUGGAAGGUAUUCAACCUGAUACCAACAUCAACAAUGGCUUGAAUCCCUCGACACAGUUCAAUGUUGACUUUACACAAGCAAUUAGCCAAGAUGUAAGUCUACAGGAAGCCAUGUUCCUGUCAAACCAGACUUCUAGAACACAUGAAGAUUUUACACAGAUCCAAGCAAGUCUUCUGCAAUUAAACUCAAGUUCUGACCCUGAAGAGUCUUUGGGUGCACCUAAUCUUACUGCCUUGUUUCCCCCUAUGGACAAUAGCACUAGAAACUUAACUCAUCAAGAUCUUCUUUCUGGUCUUGAUGAGAAUGUAUUUGACGAGAUUAAUUUAAUGUCAUUAGCACUAGAAGAAGGGUUUGACCCACUGGAAGUUUCUCAGUUAUUUGAAGAACCAGACUCAGACUCAGGACUUUCUUUAAAUUCAAGCCAUAGCCCAACAUCUGUGAGUAUUUCUGAUUCAUCCUCAGUUUCUUAUGGAGAGGAUGAAGGAGCAACUGCUUACAGCAGUGAUUCCGAGUCUGUGUCAUAUGAUGGGCUUGAAGGAGCAGUUGGGGGCAAUUGGCCAGAAGUGAAUAAAUUGUGUCGUAUGGAUUAUCAAGAAGACUCUAGCUCUUACGAUGAUGUGACUUUACAAAAUGUACAACAUAAUCAUACGUACAAUCAAAUGUCAAACCAGUCAGAGCCCAGCCCUGAACACCAUUAUGAUUGGCCCGGAAAACCUGGUGGCAGAUUGAGAAGCCCAUGCCCCAGAGGAGUGGAUAAAAACAUUAGCCGCGAUCAACGCCGUGCUAAAUCCCUACGAAUUCCAUUCUCUGUGGACGAAAUUGUGAGCAUGCCUGUAGAAAUGUUCAACAACAUGUUAUCUAAGCACUUUUUGACCGAUAGUCAGGUAUCUGCUAUACGAGACAUCAGACGGAGGGGCAAAAACAAAGUCGCUGCUCAGAAUUGCCGCAAACGUAAACUCGAUGUCAUUUUAAAUCUAGAGGAUGACGUGUCUCAGCUGAAAGCCCAUAAGGAAAGACUACUCAAAGAACGGGCUCAGUGCAACAAGUCCAUGAGUAACAUGAAGCAAAAACUGAAUGAGCUUUAUCGAGAUGUUUUUAGCAGACUGAGGGACGAGCAGGGUAGGGCAGUGAAUCCAAGCCAGUAUGCCCUACACUGCAACAGCGAUGGAAGCAUAAUGGUGGUUCCAAGAAGACUGUUCAAAUCAGAACAAAAAAAGGAGACUCAGAAGGAGAAGAAACAGAAAUAAAUUAUUAUGGAUAUGGACCAUGUUAAAAAAGUAGUCAUUAAACAUUAAGUAAAUCUUGAAACUGAGGAUCCGUUGGGCAGAGUGGGUGGCAGAGGGUGCUUUUAAAAGUUAUUAUUUGUUAAAAGUUAAACACUGGAUGUUUAUAAAUUAUGAGCAUGAAAUUCAAGAAUAGCUUUUCUUAUUCUGACAUUUGUUGAGGUGGCAGCUGUAUGCUAAUUUUAAUUAUUCCUCAACAUAGAAUAAAUAUAUGGCAUAGCUGCUUUUUCCUUCAAGAUAUGGCACUAAACUUUAUAAGUUGUUCUGACCUGUUGGUAUGCCACAACUGAAUAUCUGUGCAAUCAUAUUAUAGCAUUGUAGCACACCAGGUUCCUACUACAUGAUGCUUAUAGGUAUUAACAUGGUACAUAAGGAUAACAAAACCUAGAUUAUAAAUUACUAUUCUUAUUUCGAUAACAGAUAAUGGUGGUGGAGCCUGCCUAAAACUAUUUGCAGGCCAAUUUUCUGGUAAAAUUGGAUUAUCAAUGCUUAUGUAUGAACAGAAUGGACAUCUGGCAUGCCUAGGGAAAGAGCAUUGCCACCGUGAAAAAAAACCAAGUGUACCGAAAUACAAAGUGACCUUAGAUUUAGUCUGUCGCACUGGAGCACAUUCCUAAAUUUACAUUUAAUUUCUCUUAGCAAAAAUGUGUUGCUGUAUAUGUUAAUUUAUAUAUGCGUUUUUUUUUUCUGAGGAUAUAAAUUAUGCUUUUUUAUACUUUUUUUAAAUUAGGUUUAUUCUAUCCUGUUUUUCUGAAGAGGUCCUGGUGGCUUUUCAAGGUUCGUUUCCCUAUAUUUAGGACUUAUCAUUUUUAAGCAAGCAGGAGUUGCUGAAUUUAUAUCUCAUUCCUCCAACGUACAUGUUAAUGGCAGAAUUUAUUGUGGGGAUUUUACGUUUUUUAAUUUCCUUAUAAACAUUUGACAAAGAGCUUUUGAUUUAAAAAAAAUAAUAAUAAUAAUUUGUGUUCAAAUUACAGGGAAAAAUGAUUUUCUUUUCAUGUUCGUUUCAGUGUUUUAUAAAUAUUUCGUUUUGCUUUGCAGUUUCGGAUGUUCUGUUUCGUUUGCGAUCUGUUGGGUGUUUUUAUUCAAAUAAGCAUAUCCAUCCAGUAUUUGUAGAACAUAUGCAAAAACAGAAUUGUGUAUGCUGAAUUGAUGAUCAUUACAAGCCUGUUUCAAUUAAGGCUGCAAUAUAGCGAGUUACUGCUAAACCGGAAAAAAAAAUAAUGUUACUACUAAGGCCUAGAUUUAUGAAAUGUGAUAUAGCUUCCGUUAGGCAGAUGUAGCACACAAAGUUUAUAUAAACCUGGCGCAAAUGACUUUUGAUAUAUAAAAAUGCAUGAUCACUAUAGUAGUGUAGACCAGUAAGGGUUGCACUCCAAACCUGGGGCAUAGACAUACUGAUUUACUUUGAUGAUAUUUAGCACAUUGACAAGUUACUAACACUAUAACAUAUUUAAUUAAAUGCUAAAAUGGAUUUAAUAAAGUAGAAUUGAGUCAUCAAAUGUAACCAUCAGUGCAUGGCACUCGCAACAUAGUUAAUCAAUUUGACACAUUUUCCUUCCAGAGGUUGUCCAGCCUUCUCUUCGUAUCUAUAGUGUAAUACCACUUCUGUUCUGGAAUUGUAGCAUGCCCCCUAAGAAGAUAUGUGUGAGACGUCUAGUACUUUAACACUUAAGAUCAGAACUCUUUAAAAAAAAAAAUGCUAUUUACAAUGUGUAGCGUUGCUUCUAUGGAAACGGUAGACCGUGGUUUUGACUAUUUCAGUGCUGUACCACUCACAACAACGCUUAGAGGGACCAGUGACUACCAACAGAACAUUGAUGGCACGCAUGCAGGAGAUUCAUCGCCAUGAUUAAUUGAAACUGCAGCUAAUUAUAUUAUAUCAUGUACACAGUUUUUGUUGUUUGAAAAGUGCAAAUUAUAGACAUAAUGCUUUCCUUUGAAGUACAGCCAUGGCUUUUGUCCCAUGACAGGUCCAUUUUAAUUAAAGUCAGAUUUAAAAGAUCCCUGGCUUUGACUGAGAAUAUUACUGAGAGAAAAAAAUAAUCUUGCAUUUCACGUAGGAGGAAGAUAAUGGUUAUGCAGCCAGUUGACAACCGUUGCAAUUGUGGAAAAUCUAAAUGCCAAAAUUCCAAGACCAAUUUUAGACCAGUACUUAGAAGUUUGCCCUGUAAAAUAAAAAUGUAUUAGGUUGAUUAGGUAGUCAAUAUCUUCAAUGUUUGCAACAGGGAAACCGAGUCAGACAGCAAGUGUUAGUGUAGUAUAUAUGCGAGUGCUCACACACUAAUUGUUAGCAAGCAAUGCAAGUAUGGUAAAUGCUCGGAUUGUGUUUUCUUAUUUACUUGCUAAUGUGCAGUUUAAUUGUGUUAGUUUUAUCUGGUGUUCCAACACUCUUAAAAAUUGUGACGCCCUAGGACAAUUCGUUACCAGGCAGGGGCUGAGAGAACUUUUAUUUAUAUAU